CGAGUUAGGAAACGCUUGUGGAUUGGAUUACUUAGACGAGCAGCCAAGAGAGACCAGCAGAGACCAGGAGAGACCAGGAGAGGAGCAGGGUUUGAGAGAGGAGAGGUCCGGGCUCCAUGGCGGCACCUCUCGCUCUGCUGCUGUUUCUCCUGGUUCUGGCCCCUGAGAGCCGGGCUGCCAGGAGGCUUGUGAAGAGAGGUCUCCACCAGAAGGACUACGAGUACCCCAACCAGGCCCUCCCUGCGGGCCACCAGAAGAACGACCGCUGCCCGCCGCCGCCACAGAGGCUCCCGGAGAGGGCCUGCGAGGCCCCGGGCUGCCGCUCCGACUCAGAGUGCGAGCGCCACAAACGAUGCUGCUACAACGGCUGCAUCUACGCCUGCCUGGAGUCCGUCCAGCCGCCGCCAGUUCUAGACUGGCUGGUGCAGCCCAAGCCGCGGUGGCUGGGGGGAAACGGCUGGCUGCUGGACGGGCCAGAGGAGGCACUGCAGGCCGAGGCGUGCAGCACCACGGAGGACGGGGACGAGCCGCUCCACUGCCCCACGGGGUACGAGUGCCACAUCAUCAGCCCCGGGAACCCAGCGGCCGGCGUCCCCAACCGGGGCCAGUGCAUCAGGCAGCGCGGGAACUCAGACGGACGAAACCUGAGACACAAAUACUUCAAGGACUACAAGGAUUACUACGGAAGUGACACCAACAACGCAGUAGGCUACGAGAAGCCCCACCACAGGAACCUGGGCUGAAGAGCCCCCCACAGACCCAGCCCUCCUGUCUCCGUCUGGGGACCCCCUGGACCACCCUGGACCACCUGGGCCCACCCUGGACCACCCUGGACCCCAAAGGACCCCCCCAGGACCACCCUGGACACCCCUGAAACCCCUGGACCCGGCAGACCCAGCCCUCUUGUCUCCGUCUGGGGAUCACCCUGGACCACC